CCUGCGACACGGGGGAGGAUGACACGGGGCCGCCAGGCGGGACGGUGUCCUGGUGGGGGACAGGGAGGGGCCGUCUGCAGGGCGGGAGUUGGGGAUCUGGGCUGCAGAUUUAAAGUCAGGAGCUGGAGUCCAGGCUUGGGUGAGGCCACCUGGGACGGGCUGGGAGGAAAUGGGAGUUUGGGGUGGAGGGGGCUCUGAGGACGAGCCCUGGGCCCCCAGGGCGCGGGGCUGGGGGCAGAGAACUGGGGGAGUCCCCAAGAGCCACCCAGAGUCCUGGCCUGGGGCGGGGGGGGCGGGGAGGGGCGACCUGGGGGGUCAGGAGCCUCUGGCGGGAGGGGUGAGACCUGGUCCUCCCGGCUGCGGUCCCACCACCACACCGGGCCCUUCCCCCAGGGUUGGCACGCCCGCUGGCUUGGCUGGGGUGCGGGCUGGGGGGGUGUGGGCAGUGAGAGUUAAGUGACAAGGGAGGGUCUCCACUCUACAUACCCACGAACCUGGCCCCCCGCCGGGCCCCCCUCAGAGCCCUGAGCCGUGGCCCAUGGUGCCUCGGUGGACGGCUCACCCGGCCAGGGGGUCCGCACGGGCCUUUGAAGGCCCUGCUGGGGUUGGAGGCUCAGGCCAGGUGGGCAGAGAGGCUGCCCUGAGCUGCCCACGUGACCUGCUUCCGAGCAGCGUGGGGAGGGGCCGGGGAGGGGCCGCCGCAGAAUCUGGGCCGGUUUCCAGACAAACAAGAGGAAAGGCUUUUCAGAACUGCGACCAGAAGGCGGGGUGGGAGGGCGGGGCCCGUGGCUCUGGCCGUGUGGGUGGGUGGCCACCAGCAGGUGGGACGCUGGGACAGAGGUGCGGGCCGGGCCCCGGUGCGCUGCCCAGAGUCGGGGCCUUGGGCAGGGGGCGGGCGGCCUCCCCUGCCAUGGCCCCCAUAAGGCAUGGGGUGCUGCCCGCCAGACCCCGAGUUACCUCCACCUCAGCAGCUAUGGUUUGUCUUAAAAUAGUUUUUCUCACUGUCAGUGGGAGACGGGGCACAACACACGCACACACAAGUGUGCACAGCAGGCUGCCUGGAGCCCUGCCCCUCCCCCAUGGACCCUCCCUCUCUUUGGAGGCUGAGGGCGACGACCCUGCGGUGGCCCCUGCCCGCAGGCGGAGCUGGCUGGCGGAAUUUCCCACAGGUGGGCAGGGAGCCCCACAUCCUACCUGUGCCCCCAGGAGGUGGGGGGUUUCCAGCCACUGCGGGAGGCCUGCCCCCCCCCCCCCCCCACCGCCAAAGCUUCAGGUUAACCAUUAAGCAGAUAAUCCUGUCUCGUGGUUCAGAUUUAAAAGCACCAAAGCCAUACGGCCUCCCUGCCUUGGGCCACCAGGAUCAGAGCUUUGCAUGAGAGGGAGCAUGUACACACGUGUGUGUGUGCACGUGUGCAUGUGUGUGCAUGGGCACCUGUGCUCCUCCCUCGUGCCCCACGGGGGGCCGGUACAAAGGCCCUCCCCACCUGUCCUGAGGACACGGGAGCUCUCUUUCCUGUCCCAGUGGUGCUGCAGGAACACCCUAAACCUGGGGUGGGUGUGGCGCAGGGAGAGCCUGGCAUGGCCUCCAGAGUUUUUAGGGAGAUAGCCCCUGCCCGGCCAGGGGGCAGAGCGGAGAGUCUGUCUUCACGGGACACCCCGCCCCAGGCACAUGCCCAGGUGCUCAUGGGAGCACACAUCCCGGCAUGUGGAGCCAGCGCCACACACGCGUGCUGCACACACAGCUGGUGCACGCUCCCAGGCACACGCCACCCCCAGGGCACCGGGCAGGGCUUGCCCAGCAGCACGUGUUCGGUCUGCUCAGGUGGCUUGCAGCACAGACGUUUACCCUCUGCUAGUCCUGGAGGCUGGAUGUCCAGAGACCGAGGAGUGGGCAGCGUUGGUGUUUCCUGAGGCCUUUUUCCUCCCUGUGUCCUCACGUGGUCGUGCCCUGUUCGUGUCUGUGCCCUGCCCUCUUCCUCUUGUAGGGACACCAGUCACACUGGAUCAGGCCCACCCUGUGACCCCACCCAGCCUUUAUGGCCUCCUGAGAGGCCCCGGUCUCCCAGUACAGCUGCACGGGGAUCAAGCUUCCACGUGUGGGUUUAGGGCACUAACGUGGAUUCAGAUGCCUGCUGUGUUCAAGGACGCUCAGCUGCUCUCUCCCUCUCACACCAGCACACACCCUCACGUGCUUGCGCACCCACUGUGGGCACUGGUCAUGAGGCAUCUGACCCACCAGGGCUGCUGGCAUUGGUCCGAGCUAGUUUUGGACACUUGGGCCAGUGACCAUGCUCUGGAGCCCUGGACACCACCAGCCCUCCCCCUGCACCUGAUGGCUGAUCCAGUGUGCUGCCCUGGCUCGCCCAUGUGCUCCGGGCACCCUUUUGUGGGGCAGGGGUGAGGACUGGCCUCAGGGUGAGUCCCCCGCUCCUCUUCAGGGCUCUGCCCUGCAGAGAGGGGGGCGCCCAGGAGGAGUGAGCCAGGUGGAGGGAUCCCAAGACCACCCCGGUCUGGGCAGCUUGGCCAGGCUGGGCAGGGCAGGGGGACAGCCAGGAUGCCUGGCGGAAGGGGCUCCAGUUUCCUGUGAGACAGGAGUAGGAGGGGUCCAGGGGGAGGGGUCAGUGCAGACCGGCUGGGCUGGAGGACCUGGCCUGGUGGCCCUGGCAGGGGUCAGGGGGCUGCGGGUCCUCACUCAGGCCCCGGAUCUGCACACUGCAGCUGCUGGCUGGGCCGAGCCUGAGGCCCACGGCCGUUAUCGCAGGGUUGGGGGCCUUGGCGCCCAGGGCAGAAGAGAAGCCCAGGACCGGGACACAGGCUGCCUUCCAGUGCUUCCUGGGGCCUCCUUCCUCCUGGUCCCCUCCUCCUGCCCUCCCCACCCCUCCCCCGCAGCCCUUAUAGCCACAUCCUGCAAGGAAAAACCCCAGACUCCCGAGCUGUGGGGCUGAGAGCAGCCGAGAAUGCGCGUGGGAGCCCAGCCACCCAGGGCGCCGGGCUCGGCCUUCCUGCUCCUGGGGCUCGCGCUGGGCGCUGCGGCCCAGCUCAACUGUGUUGGGGACACCUACCCCAGUGGCAGCAGGUGCUGUAAGGAGUGCCAGCCAGGUUAUGGGAUGGAGAGCCGCUGCAACCACGCCCGGGACACGGUGUGCCGUCCGUGUGAGCCCGGCUUCUACAACGAGGCAGUCAACUACGAGGCCUGCAAGCCCUGCACACAGUGCAACCAGAGAAGUGGGAGCGAGCCCAAGCAGAGAUGCACACCCACGAGAGACACGGUCUGCGGCUGCAGGCCGGGCACCCAGCCCCAGGACGGCUAUGGCUACAAGCGUGGAGUUGACUGUGCCCCGUGCCCACCAGGACACUUCUCCCCGGGCAACGACCAGGCCUGCCAGCCCUGGACCAACUGCACCUCAUUAGGAAAGCGAACACUGCAGGCGGCCAGCAACAGCUCGGACGCUGUCUGUGAGGACAGGAGCCCCCGACUCACACCCGCCUGGGAGACCCAGGGCCCCGCAGCCCGGUCCACCCCUGCUCAGCCCACCACUACCUGGCCGAGGGCCUCACAGGGGCCCUCCACGCCCCACGCAGAGCCCCCCAAGGGCCCUGAGCUGGCCGCUGUCCUGGGCCUGGGCCUGGGCCUGGGCCUGCUUGGCCCCGUGGCUGCCGCGCUGGCCUUGCUCCUGCACCACAGGGCCUGGAGGCCGACGCCCAACGCCCCCAAGCCCCCCGCUUCCGGACCCCCAUCCAAGAGGAGCAUGCCGAUGCCAACUCCAGCCUGGCCAAGAUCUGAGCAACGUCCACUGGCGUAGAAGCCGGCACCCCUCCGCAGGCCGGGGCCCCCAGACGCAGGCCGUCCCACCCGUCACCCCCGGACCCUGGCGCCCUGUCCCCCCGCCCUGUGCCGUUUUAGGCGCUCCUGGGCUGGCACCCUGGGCCCUGCUAUGUAUGCUGUGCGUACUCCCCACCCAGGGUGGCCCCAAUAAACGACGUUGGCAAAUGUGGGCCUCUGACUGGGCACCAGUGGUCUGAGGGCUGCACACACGGGGGCUGGCUGUGGGGUAGGGGCUCCCCUGGCUCCCUCAGAGACCUGGGGCUGCUGUCCUGCUCGCUGGGCACCUCCCAGCGCCUCUGGGGAGCGUGGCAGCCAAAAUAAGUGCAUGGGGAGCCGCGAGCCCUGCCUGGCAAGCGCGAUGCUAGCCCGGCCCGGUGGACCCCACGCACCCACUCUGGGGAGCCGUGACCCUGCCUGGCAAGCGCGAUGGUAGCCCGGCCCGGUGGACCCCACACACCCACUCUGGGGAGCCGCGACCCUGCCUGGCAAGCGCGAUGCUAGCCCGGCCCGGUGGACCCCACGCACCCACUCUGGGGCUACUUGGGAGGGCCUGGCAGGGGCUGCUGGGUGGGAGGGAGCCCUGAGGAGGCCCUGGUCCCAAAGGGGGUUUUAGGACAACCCCUCAGGGUCUCUGGGGCCCCUCCCAGGAGAGGGCACGAGCGUCUGUUUCUUCUCAAGCCCCACGCCCUGUUAAACCUGAGUGUGUGGUGACCCUGGGACCCCCACUGAUGCCUGCAGGGCCCCCGAGUCCCUCAGGGAAACUGGAGGCUUCUGACUGGGCUGACCUUUCGUCCACCCUGGGCGCGAACAAGAUGUGCAGCUUUAUGUGAAAAGGCCCCCAGGUGGGAACCCAAGCGUCCGUGGGCACCAGAGUGGGCUGUGCGAGGCCGAGUGGCCGGACAGGCCCGCUGGCUGGCACUGGGGGCAGCCCCUGCUCUGGCAGCUGCGCAGACUUGG